AUGAAUAAACAUUUCUUUUUCUCAUAUCUUGCUGUCUUCUUUCUCAUACCUAUAAUAUACGCAAAGCCUAGCGCAAAUAUAAUAACUUUAACACAAACGAAACCAGUACAUGCCAGUGUGGAAUUUAAGCAUAGAAAAUUACGAGGCUCGUUUAAACUUUUCGACAAUCAAUUAGAUAGUGGAACACAAAUAACAGGUUUCUGGAAAACCUGGAGAAAAAAUGCAUACGAAUACGCAUUCUUUUCGUACAUACACGCGAAUUGCUCAUUCGUCGAAGAAGAUACAAUUUUCGAGACUGACGUAACUGACGCAUUCACCGUUCAAAAUUUAGAUGAAGACAAAAGUCAUCAAUUAUUUAAGCGGACAGAUGUAUCAUGGCUAUAUAGAAAACCUGUUGAAUCAGUUGUCGUUGCGUACGAGACUCGUAUAGCGGCUUCAGGAGCAAUCCGAUAUCAAAAGAUAACAUGCGCACCUGUAGUGCAUAAACAUGAACAGCCGAAAUUAUAUAAUUCUGAAAAAUUCAAGUUCAAG